AUGGGUAUCAAAGACUAUGAAGACGAACCUCCAAUAAGAGUCUUACAUGACCUCCAUUGUGAAAUCAGGACUCUGAAGGAAGAUGUUAAUGCCAGUCUUGAUAAGAGUUGCUCUGAAAAACAAGCAGUUCAUGAUUUUGUGAAGGCAAGUGAAAUGUUGAUGCAAAGAAAUGCAACAGAUCUUGGGAAAAUAAGAGAGCUGUUCCAGAAAUAUGGCUACAAACCACGUGUCAAAGACUCUACAGCGGAGGAAGAAGUUAACAGUGAUUCAACGGUGUCUGUCCAGAAUAAAUCCGAUGAGGAAAAGGAAGAUGAUGUACCUCAUCUUCCUGCUCAUACUGAGAAGCCACAGGUGCCCAAAGACCCGCUGCAUAACCCCCAGCUUUCUGAUUUUGGCCUUUCACAGUAUGCUUUCUCCAGGCCUUGGAGUGCAGUGAAAGGACAGCACGCAACAUAUGCACCUCAAGAAAAUUCAAAGAGCAGGACUCCGCUAAAAGCACAGAGCCCCUGUAUUUUGCCCAAAACACCAAAAUGUAUGCUAAAGAUGGACGAUUAUGAAUGUGUAACACCAAAACUUGAACACUUUGGCAUUAGUGAACAUACCAUGUGUCUGAAUGAAGAUUAUACGAUGUCGCUUAUUCGUAAAGCUGCUCAGGCAAGCAAGAAGUUGCUUAAAAAGGAUGGUUGUGAAGUGAAUGUACCAGAAAUGACAUCCCGGGAAAUCACAGUUACUCCUGUGCCAAGACCAAAAGUGACAGCUGAGAAGGCUGACUGGAUGGUUUCUCCUAUGAUACUCGUGUUCUGUACUCCUGAUGUGAAAAUCCCUUCUGGAACAAAUAAUACAGUGUUAUCAAGGUCACCAGAGACAAAUGAACUGCCUCUUGCCAGUCAUACAGAAACACCACAGUUUCCAAAUUUUGAAACAAGAUGGCUAAAAACAGAAGCUAAGAUGCAGGGGGAAAAGAUUGAGUCGGUGACAAAAAGCAAUACAACAGAUAAACAAAACAUAGAAGAUAGCAUUCCUUUCGCUGUGAGCUCUGAUGAGUAUCUUAAACAUUUUGGAGACCCUUCUCCUCCCCAAAUAAAACACUAUGACCAGUUACUCAGUACUCCUCCGCCUCCAGAAAUAACAAGGAUACCAGAUGAUGUUCUACAGAUUUUGUCAAAGUACAAUCAUGAUGUAGAUACUUCUAAAGGCAAGGAAAUGGAGACCAAGGCAGGAAAUACUAGAAGAUACGAAAGUGAUUUCACUGAUUACUGCAACAGAGAGAACAGAGCAGUUCUCUCCCACAGGUGUGGGCCAUCUGGUAAACCCCAGGAUGUAGCCAUGGGGCUGGAGGAGGUUAAGACUCCCCUUAAACCAGUAUUGCUGCUGAGGAAAGGUGUGUCCCGCUGCGCACUGAAGUCAUACGACGUGUCAGAGUGGGAAUAA